CGUCGCCGGCGCCGUCGCUCCUCCGUCCGCUUCUAUCCUCCCUCCCGGCGACUUCCUCCGCCCGCUCCUAUCCUCCGUGCGGCGCUCGCAUGGAAGAAAGAGAGAGCAAGGAGGGGAGGGCGAGCCACGCGCUGUCGUGCCCUGUCGCCUGACGACGGAGGUGCCACCGUGAGCUGCGUGCAAGCGAAGAAGAGAAAUGCCCGCGCGCCACCACCUCACCAUCGCCGCCGUCGCGAAAUCCCACGCCGCGCUGCCCAAGUCCGGUGUCACCUCCCCCACGCCCUGGAACCAGCUCCUCACCGCCUACUCCCUCUCCCCGCUCGGCCUCGUCGCCGCGCGCCAGGUGUUCGACCAAAUCCCGCGCCCGGAUGCCGCCUCCUGGAACUCCCUCCUCACCGCUUAUGUCUCCGCUGGCGCGCACCCCGCCGCGCGCCGCAUCCUCAGGGCCAUGCACACGCGUGGACUGGCCGCCAGCACCUUCGCCCUCGGCCCUGCUCUGCGCUCCGCUGCUGCUUUGGGCUGCCCUGUUCUCGGCGCCCAGCUGCACUCGCUCAUCGUCAAAGCCGGCCUGGCCAACAAUGUCUUCGCCGCGACCGCAUUGCUCCACAUGUAUGCAAAAUGUGGCCGCACGAGGGACGCUCGUCGGGUGUUCGAUGGAAUGCUGGAGCGGAACACUGUUUCUUGGAAUGCACUCAUUGCUGGUUAUGCGGAAUCCGGCAAGGUUGCUCCAGUAGUUCAGCUGUUUGUUGAGAUGGAGAGGGAGGGGUUACGUCCAGACGAGGCAACAUUCGCCGCGUUGCUCACAUUGGUCAAUGACUCCAGUUGUUUCCUGAUGCACCAGCUGCAUGGGAAGAUUGUCAAAUAUGGAUCAGCGUUGGGCUUGAUAGUGUUGAAUGCAGCAAUCACUGCCUACACGCAAUGUGGGGCCCUGGAGAAUUCUAGAAGCAUCUUUGAUGAAAUUGGGGACAGAAGGGAUUUGAUAUCAUGGAACGCAAUGCUUGCAGCUUACACUACCCAUGGGAUGGAGUAUGAGGCGAUGGGAUUCUUUGCUAGCAUGAUGCAGGCGAGUGGAGUUGAACCUGACAUGUAUAGUUUCACAAGUAUCGUAAGUGCGUGUGCAGAGCAUCGCGAUCACGGAGGGACAGCAAUUCAUGGUUUGGUGAUCAAGAAGUGCUUCGAAGGAGUCGCGCCUGUUUGCAAUGCUCUGAUUGCCAUGUACACUCGAUUUAGUGAGAAAUGCAUGAUGGAAGAUGCAUAUAAGUGCUUUGAUUCCUUGCUGCUUAAGGACACCGUCUCCUGGAAUUCUAUGUUGACUGGGUAUUCGCAGCACGGUUUGAGUGCUGAUGCGUUGAGAUUCUUCAGAUGUAUGCAGUCAGAAAAUAUUAGAACUGAUGAGUAUGCAUUCUCUGCUGCCCUGCGUUCAUGCUCAGACCUUGCUUUACUUCGGCUAGGUAGACAAAUACAUGGUUUAGUCAUCCAUUCUGGUUUUGCUUCCAACAAUUUUGUUUCUAGCUCGCCGAUCUUCAUGUAUUCUAAGAGUGGCGUUCUUGAUAAUGCAACGAAGUCUUUUGAGGAGGCAGAUAAGAGUAGCUCUGUGCCCUGGAACUCUAUGAUGUUUGGUUAUGCGCAGCAUGGACAGGCGCAAGGCGUGCGCAGCCUCUUCAAUGAGAUGCUGGAGCUUAAGGUUCCUCUGGAUCAUAUUACAUUUGUUGGCCUGAUUACUGCCUGCAGUCAUGCUGGUCUUGUGAACGAAGGUUCAGAAAUCCUCAAUACGAUGGAGACUAAGUAUGGAAUUCCUCUUCGGAUGGAGCAUUAUGCAUGUGGCAUUGAUCUGUAUGGGAGGGCUGGGCAGCUUGACAAAGCAAAAGAGCUUAUUGACUCUAUGCCAUUUGAACCAGAUGCCAUGGUGUGGAUGACCCUAUUAGGUGCUUGCAGAAUCCAUGGGAAUAUGGAACUUGCAAGUGAUGUGGCCAGCCAUCUGUUGGAGGCAGAGCCUAGACAGCACUCCACAUAUGUUCUCCUCUCCAGCAUGUAUUCUGGUCUUGGGAUGUGGAGUAAUAGAGCAUUCGUACAGAAGGAAAUGAAGAAUAAAGGACUAAGCAAAGUCCCUGGUUGGAGCUGGAUCGAGGUGAAGAAUGAGGUGCACUCAUUCAAUGCAGAGGAUGGGUCGCACCCAAGGAUGGAUGAAAUAUAUGAGAUGUUGAGUUUGUUGCUUCACAAUUUUCCCGUGCAGCCUGUGCAUCAAAAAACAACUGGAGCCAUCGACUGCUAGCUAUCAAAUUAUGGGUAUUAACCAGCAGGCCCCUGUUGAAGAUGAUUGGGCACACUUCUCUUGUAUGUUCUGUGGAUGCACAUUCGUCUGCUCUGAUUGCUAGUGGCAGUGAAGACCCCUCUGUCAAUAUAUGGAAAGGUGAUCUGUUUUGUAUGCUUUGGAAAUUCAUGUUAAAAUGCAGUUAUACUUUUUCAUUGGAUAGGAUUUGUUUUUUACUUAUAUCUUCUCCAUUGAAAAACUCUUGAAACCCCGACCUUUCAACUGAGGGUACUAUCCAUUAUACAAAUGGAUUUGUCUAAAUAAAUGUAAAAUUGUGGUAAAGUCAAUGUCUCCCUUGCUAUGCUCCAGUCUAUUCUAAAAAAACAAAAAUAGUUCUAGUCCGUGAUUGUACUUCGCCUUAAGCGGGGACUUCCAUUAUAAGCAAAUGGUCCUGCAGAUCUUUGAUCUUAAACAUAUUUGAGUAGUUGCAAACUGGAAAGAUCACUAUGAUACAAACCAUGAGAAGAAGUAAUAGUGAUCUGCUUUUUGUUUUUGAGCAUUUGGAUUCCUGUUUAUUCGCUUGACUAGUCCAUGACCAUGAGCAGCUUCAUUGGCUUUUCUUGGGAAUUGGUAUGUUAAUCAGUCGAUGUUCCAGUUUAUUAGUUAUUGUCAAAGUUUGAGCUAGAAUUGACUUAAUGCUCCAAUGUAACUGCUUCGAGAGCACAGACUGGUAGGCUGAUUGGACAUGGGAAUUCGCAAACCUACACUGCCAUCUUCUUUCCAAGUCGCACUGGUAGGUGUUAUCAGUGCAUGUUCUGAUGGAAUCGUGAGGAUAUGGACAACCAGCCAUGAUAGGGUUCUGCAGUGAUGAGGAACGUGCAGCUUAUACACAGAUCUUAUUUCUCAGCACACACACUUAGCAGGUUCGUUUCUAUCUACUGCUUAAAGUGACUGUUUAAAGACAAGGAACAAGAAGUGGACAAGAAUUGCAGAUGGAGAGAGACAAUGCUAGCUGGAAGAUCAUUAUGCAAAAAAAUAAAAUAAAAAAAAUCCCAGCUUCAUUCUAGGUAUUACUGCUACCAUGCUGUUCUUCAAAUCUUGUAUUGCUCAACUGAAAGCUUCAGUCUUGUUUUUCCAUUUUCCCCCAUCCAGCAAUAUCAGACUUCUCUUAAUUGUUUGCUCUCCGAUAUGCCACAUUAAUGUAAUUGAGAAUCUUUAGCCAGUUAGCUUUAUUUGAUAUUGUUACGGCC